AUGAAGUCAACCUUGCUUUACCUCCUGGCACCUCUCCUGGCUCUCGCAGCCCCGGCCGCAGAGCUCGAGGAACGCCAGGCCGCCACCAGCAUCGACGCGCUGUUCAAGGCCAAGGGGAAGCUCUACUAUGGCGUGGCGACGGACCAGAACCGCCUGUCGACUGGCAAGUCGGCCGCCGUGAUUCAGCAGAACUUCGGCCAGGUGACGCCGGAGAACAGCAUGAAGUGGGACGCAACCGAGUCCUCCAAUGGGAAUUUCAACUUCGCUACCGCGGACUACCUUGUCGACUGGGCGACCACGAACAACAAGACUAUCCGAGGUCACACUCUAUGCUGGCACUCGCAACUCCCUAGCUGGGUCAGCAACAUCCGUGAUAAGGCGCAGCUGCAGUCGGUUCUGGAGAGGCACAUCACGACAGUCAUGACAAGGUACAAGGGCAAGAUCCGAGCCUGGGACGUAUGUAACGAGAUAUUCAACGAAGACGGCUCCCUCCGCUCGUCCGUGUUCUCCCAAGUCCUCGGCGAAGACUUUGUCUCCAUUGCAUUCAAGGCUGCUCGUGCAGCUGACCCAAAUGCCAUCCUCUACCUGAAUGAUUACAACCUGGACUCUGCGAGCUACGCUAAGGUCACCAACGGUAUGGUCGCUCACGUCAAAAAGUGGCUCGCGGCUGGAAUCCCUAUCGAUGGAAUUGGCUCUCAGGGUCACCUCUCAGGCGGCGGAGGAGCAGCCUUUGGCGGCGCUCUGAAGGCUCUCGCUGCUACCGGUGUAAAGGAGGUCGCCGUGACGGAACUCGACAUUCAGGGCGCGCCCGCGAACGACUACAAGCAGGUCACUCAAGCCUGCCUCGACGUCUCCACCUGCGUGGGCAUCACCGUCUGGGGAGUUCGUGAUGCAGACUCCUGGAGGGCUUCCACCAAUCCUCUUCUAUUUGACAACAACUUUGCCCCAAAGGCUGCCUAUGAUGCUAUAGUGACGAUGUUGAAAUAG